AUGAUCGGCACUGGCGUAUUUACCAGUCUGGGGUUUCAGCUGCUGGAUAUUCAGUCUGCACCGGUGAUCCUGUUGCUGUGGGUGGUUGGCGGCGUUCUCGCACUGUGUGGAGCGCUGUGUUACGCAGAAUUGGGUGCUGCUCUGCCGCGCUCCGGAGGAGAAUACAAUUUUCUCAGCCAGAUUUAUCAUCCUGCUGCGGGUUUCAUAUCCGGCUGGAUAUCUUCCACCAUCGGUUUUGCCGCCCCAACAGCGCUGGCUGCGAUUACCGGCGCGACCUAUCUGAAUGCGGUCGUACCUGCAGUGCCGGUUGUGGGUGCCGCUGCAAUCCUGGUUGUUCUGGUGGGAUUGGUGCACCUGGGUAGCCGACGCGGCAGCGCACGUUUUCAGCUGUUGUUCACUGCGUUGAAAGUAAUCCUGAUUGUCUUAUUCAUUAUUGCCGCCUGGUGGCAGGUUGAUCGGUUGCAGACGAUUCGCUGGUCACCGGUAACAGAAGAUUUGACCUUGAUCACCAGUGGUGGUUUUGCGAUUGCACUCAUUUACGUGAACUAUGCUUAUACCGGCUGGAAUGCGGCGACGUACCUUGUUGGUGAAGUCAGCGGUGGCGGUCGUCAUCUACCCCGAAUUCUGCUGGUAGGCACCGGGCUGGUCAUGGCGCUUUAUCUCCUUUUGCACAUCAUGUUUUUAUCGGUCGCGCCGAUGUCAGCGAUGAGCGGACAGAUUGAAAUCGGAUAUAUCGUUGCUGGGUUUGCUUUUGGGGAAGCCGGCUCCACGCUUGUUGGCUUGAUGUUAGCUACUUUGCUCGUCUCCACGGUGAGUGCCAUGGUGAUUGCUGGACCCCGUGCGCUGCAGGUCAUUGGGCAGGAUUUUCAUGCCCUGCGUUUUCUGGCCUAUGAAAACAGGUUUGGCGUGCCGGCGGUGGCUAUCGCUUUUCAAACAACCAUAACGCUGGUCCUAGUGCUGACAUCAACCUUCGAUAAAAUCCUCGUAUUUGCCAGUUUCACGCUUGCCCUUAAUACACUUUUAACGGUGAUUGGCGUCGCGGUACUUCGCCACAAGGAGAAAUCGGCGCCGGAUCUGUUCCGGGUGCCCUGGUAUCCGUGGCCGAUGCUGAUAUACGUGGGUAUCACCUUCUGGACCCUGGUUUUUGUUGUCUGGGAAAGACCUAUUGAAGCCCUGGCGUUGCCGCGCCUGGCAGCGGACAAUAGUGUGCGCUGUGUUGUUCUGACGGGUGCCGGUCCAGCGGCUGGCGCAGGAUUUGCCUUGGCCUUGGCGUGUGAUCUGCGGAUAGCUUUGGAUACUGCCAAAUUAACCACCGCGUUUUCGAAAGUGGGUCUCUCCGGUGACUAUGGUGGCUCGUUUUUCCUACCCUAUCUUGUAGGUCAAGCCAAAGCCCGCGAACUGUAUUUCACCGCGGCAGUUGUUUCUGGCAAAGAAGCGCUGGAUAUGGGCCUGGUGAAUCGUAUCGCGACGGUUGAUGAAUAUGAAAAUGCGGUUGCGGAAUUUGCCGCUUCGCUGGCGAGCUUGCCGACUGUUGCGGUGGGGUAUAUGAAAAAGAAUCUUAAUGCGGCUUACGGCGGUUCACUCAGUGACACCUUUGAUCGAGAAGCGCUACACAUGGUGCGCUGCUUCAUGACAGAAGACCACAAAGGCGCUGCUGUCGCCUUUGUAGAGAAACGCGCGUGGGGUUCGCGCUUUGGAUUUAUGAUGGCCUCAGUGGGAUUUGCUGUUGGCCUUGGAAAUAUCUGGCGCUUUCCCUACAUCACUGGAGAAAACGGCGGUUCCGCUUUUGUCCUGGUGUACCUGUUAUGCGCCUUCGGCAUUGGCGUUCCGAUCUUAAUGGCCGAGCUGAUGCUGGGGCGUCGGGGUGGUUUAACGCCGCCGGCGUCUGUGGCUGCGGUUGCUGCGGUUGAUGGUCGUUCACCCUGGUGGUCGGCCAUUGGUUACCUGAAUCUUCUGACUGCUUUUUCUAUUCUGGUUGCAUACGGGGUGGUUGCCGGCUGGGUGCUGUAUUACCUCUACGGGUCGGUUAGUGGCGCACUGCUUGGUUUUGAUGCCGAUGCAUCCACGGCCCAUUUUGCGGCGCUGCUUGCGCGGCCCCACGUGCUUGUUUUCUGGUCACUGAUGACGCUGAUGGUAGCCGGGUUUAUUAUUUACAAAGGCGUCCAAAAGGGUAUCGAACGGGCGGCAAAGGUACUGAUGCCGCUGCUGUUUUUUCUUCUUGUGGUACUGUUUUUGUUCAACAUUUUUGCUGGUGGCAUGCCGGAAACCGUCAACUAUCUGCUGGCGCCUGAUUUUUCCAAAAUCAAUUCUGCCAUGCUCCUUGCUGCUGUGGGCCAGGCGUUCUUCAGCAUUGGUGUGGCUAUGGCGGGAAUGAUGAUGUUUGGCGCGUAUCUGCCGAAACACGUGUCCAUCGCUCAGAGUGCCAUUUUGAUUGUAAUUGCCGAUACCGGAGUGGCGUUGCUGGCGGGUUUUGUCAUCUUUCCCAUGGUUUUUCACAAUGGCCUGGACCCCGCAGGUGGUACGGGCCUGAUUUUCCAGACUCUCCCAGCGGCAUUUGCGCAAAUGCCUGCGGGGCAGUGGGUGAGCGUAAUAUUUUUUCUUUUACUGUCCGUCGCAGCCAUCACCUCAGUGGUUGGUUUGUGUGAACCUUUGUGUGCAUGGUUGGCAGAACGUUUCAGGUGGUCGCGUCAUAAAGCAGCCACUGUAUUAACGCUGGUCGCGGUCAGCUGUGGCGUGGUCAGCGCGCUGAGCUACAACAUUUUGUCCAGUGUGAGUCUGCUGGGUAUGUCGUUGGGUGGCUUUAUCGACUAUUUCCCAAAUCAGAUCAUGCUGCCACUGGGCGGUCUGCUUAUUGCUUUUUUUGUGGGUUGGUUUGUUAACGCUGGAACAGCUGAAGAGGAGCUUGGCAUGGCGCGGCUGUCGACACCUGUUUCAGGGUAUGUGGGUAUCGUCGGUUUGACGGGCGACCAAGUUGACGUUUUAACAGAAUUGCGCCAUUCACACAGCCAGGCUCCCCUGAGUACUUGUUUACAUAGUCUGCAGCUGGAAGUGACCAAGCGGGCAGAUAUCGCAGAAUUACCCGUACACGCUCAGCCUAGAGGGAUAUCUCCAGCGGAUUUGCCCCACGCAGCUUUGUCCCUGGAGGCGGCCCUUGAUAAUGGUUUCUUUACCGUGGGCAAAGGUAUGGCGACCAGUGAAGAAUGCACUGCUGCUAACCAGUUGCGGGUGCACCAUUACAUGGGCCGUGUAUCGGAUGCUAUGCCCCAUUUAUGGGGGCGAUUUGAUCAGGCUGAUGAACUUGACAGUAACGCCGCUGCGCCCGUAGAGGAGGGCGGUGCGGUGUUGGAAUACAGAAUGCACUACCACCGACCACUGCUGUGCGGCGAUACGUUUGAAAUUGUUUCCGGUGUGCGUGACGUCAGCGCCAAGGUUCAGCAGUUUGCGCAUUUAAUGUAUCACGCUGGGGACGGUCGCAUAGCCGUGUCAGCUCAAGCGGCGGCAGUGCGAAUGGAUCUGCAGCAAAGGCGCGCCAUCGCUCUACCUGAACGUCGUCUGGCUAAUUUUACCGCGCUAUCACCGAUAUCUUUUCUACGUCGGGCUGCAGCGAUCUAUCCAGAGAAAACUGCGGUAAUUUAUGGGGAGCGUCGACUAAGCUGGCUCGACGUCUGGCAGCGUAGCGUCUGUGUAGCCCGAGCACUGCACGAGCGUGGCGUUCAACAGGGUGACACCGUCGCGAUAUUGAGUGCAAAUCUACCUGAAAUGUUUGAAGCGCAUUUUGCAGUGCCGAUGGCAGGUGCUGUCCUGAAUGCAAUUAACAUGCGCCUGGACGCGAACACUGUGGGUUUUAUUCUCUCUCAUGGUGAAGCGAAAGUUUUCCUUAUCGACAAAGAAUUUGGCCUGGUGGCAGAGCAGGCGCUGUUAGACGCAGAAGUGACGCCACAACUUGUUCAUAUAGCAGACAGCACCUGCGAUGAAGGUAAGCUGUUGGGAGAGGAUAGCUACGAGACGCUGGUCGAAGAAGGCGUACUGCUGCUUGGUGGGAAUGCAGAGGUGCCCGUGGAUGCAGCUGAGUUCCUGCCCGACGAUGAGUGGCAGGCUAUUGCUUUAAACUACACCUCGGGUACAACCGGGAAUCCCAAAGGGGUUGUUUAUCAUCACCGCGGUGCCUAUCUCAAUGCUGUAUCGAACGCGCUGACAUGGCACAUGGGAGAGCAUCCGGUGUACCUCUGGACGUUGCCUAUGUUCCACUGUAAUGGCUGGUGUUUCCCCUGGACGCUUGCCGUCAACGCGGGCACCAGUGUGUGUAUCCGACAGGUGCGUGAGGAACUGGUCUACAGGAGUAUCGCCACGCACAAGGUGACUCAUUUCUGCGGCGCCCCGGUGGUUUUGAACACGCUGCUGAAUGCUGAAAAAAGCUUGCAACAAAUGAUUCAACACGAGGUCAAAGUGAUGACCGCUGGUGCCGCUCCGCCAGCUGCAAUCAUUGAAGGAAUGCAGAAUAUGGGCAUUGAUGUCACCCACGUGUACGGCUUAACUGAAACAUACGGACCGGUCACCCUUUGCGCCUGGCGUGACGAUCUGUGGGGUGGUCUGGAGCCGGCAGAAAAAGCUGUGCUGAAAGCACGUCAGGGCGUUGGCGGACAGAUGCUGGAAGGGCUGAUGGUUGCUGAUCCUGAGACGCUGGUGCCAGUGCCUAAAGACGGUCAGUCAAUCGGUGAAAUCAUGAUGCGCGGAAACAAUGUCAUGAAAGGGUAUCUGAAAAAUCCAAGCGCCACUGAGGAGUCUUUCAGGGGUGGCUGGUUUCAUUCUGGCGAUCUCGCGGUGUGGCACGAGGAUGGUUACAUUCAGAUUAAAGACCGGUCCAAAGACAUUAUUAUUUCGGGUGGUGAAAAUAUUUCCAGUAUCGAAAUUGAAGAUCUGUUGUUCAAACAUCCACAGAUAAUGGAAGCUGCAGUGGUUGCCAAGAGUGAUGAAAAAUGGGGAGAGACACCCUGUGCCUUUGUUACCCUGCGUGCUGGGGAGACGCUGAGCGAUAGCGACGUUAUCGAAUAUUGUCGUUCUCAUCUGGCGCGUUUUAAGGUGCCUAAAAACGUUGUGUUCACCGAUUUGCCCAAGACCUCAACGGGCAAAGUGCAGAAAUUUUCCCUGCGUGAACUGGCGGAGCAACUUUAA